AGAGGUGAGUGGAUGCGACUGUUUUGUCGCUAUCUAAGUCUCGCUGAUUUAAAAGUUUGACAUAUGAAACUAAUAUCUUGCAAACGGAGAAAUUACAGAGACGUUUACUUCAACACUGCCUGGCCUCUGCUGCUCAGCACCAUGAGUGAACUGAAGGACUGCCCUCCUCUGAAGUACUAUGACUUCAAGCCCGUUGAACACGUUAAAGUCUGUCCCCGGUACACAGCUGUGCUCGGCCGCUCAGAGGACGAUGGGAUCGGGAUUGAGGAGCUGGACACCCUGCAGCUGGAACUGGAGACCCUCCUGUCCUCAGCCAGCCGCCGUCUCAGAGCCCUGGAGGAGCAGAGACAGAUCCUCACAGACUGGCAGGACAAAAAAGGAGAUAAACGUUUUAUAAAGCUAGGUAAAGACCCUGACCCUGCUGCAACAUCUCGCCACAAACCAAAGAAGCAGAAGUUGGACGGCAAAGGCAGUCAUGGGCCAGGUCCAGGCCCUGGUCGACCCAAAUCCAAAAACCUGCAGCCUAAAGUCCCAGAGUAUGAAUUCACAGAUGAUCCACAAGACAUUCCUCGCACUCCUAAAAACGAUGCUCCCAAUCGGUUCUGGGCAUCAGUUGAGCCAUAUUGUGCUGAUAUCACAAAUGAAGAAAUUCGAUUACUUGAGGAACUUUUGAAACCUCCAGAGGAUGAAGCUGAGUAUUUCAAAAUUCCAGCACUGGGGAAACACUACUCUCAGCGAUGGGCUCAGGAGGAUUUAUUGGAAGAGCAGAGGGAAGGAGCACGAGCCAACGACAAGAAGAAGAAUCUAAUGGGAGGGCCGUUGUCAGAGCUGGAUGCAAAAGAAAAGCACAACUCCAGAGUUUCCAACCUAAAACAGGAUGUGGAGACUCUGCUGAAAAAGUCAGAAGCUCAACAUGAAUCUCCAGAAGACGGCUGUCCCUUUGGUCCGCUCACACAGCGUCUGCUCCAGGCCCUCGUAGAGGAGAACAUUAUAUCCCCCAUGGAGGAUUCUCCUAUACCAGAUAUUUCAGGGAAGGAUGCUAAUGAUGGUGCUGGAACUUCCCCUCGAAGCCAAGGAAAAGCUUUCAGCGUUCCUCACACUCGUUCACUGGAGGCAAGGAUUAAAGAGGAGUUGGUAGCUCAAGGGCUGCUGGACUCUGAGGAGAGACCUGGACCCGGAGGAGACUCAGAGGAUGAGGUCUUGGCUGAGCUCCAGAAGAGACAGGCAGAACUCAAAGCCUUGAGUGCCCACAACAGAGCCCGCAAGCAGGAGCUGCUCCGGUUGGCGAAGGAGGAGAUGCGAAAGCAGGAACUGAGGCAGCGAGUCCGUGUGUCUGACAACGAAGUCAUGGAAGGAUUUCGUCGAAUCAUGGCAGCCAGGCAGAAGAAACGUACUCCAACCAAAAAGGAGAAGGACCAAGCCUGGAAAGCGCUGAAGGAGAGAGAGAGCAUCCUGAAGCUACUGGAUGGAUAGAGGAAGCAACAGGUUGAGUGGAGAGAACAGAUUUGACUGGAGUCACCAUUUUCUGACAGAAUGAGGCAAACUGGACAUUUGUAACAUCUGCAGUAGAGGAUGGUACCGUUUACUGCAGGCCUGUGUUAUUUGAGUAGAGACAUUUCUGUAGUGUUUAUGUCACGUACAGCAGCAAACUCAUUUCAUUGGUAACACAGAGUACACAUCAGAGACCUUUUCACCUUUUGUUGUAUUUCUUUCCUUUGUUGGUUUAAUUUUUAUGUUGCUUUUUUAUUUUGUUUAUCAUUGUAAUAUUUUGGA